UCUAACGUUCCUGAGACUUACUGGGUCACAGUGUACUUUCUCACAGACUGUCCCUCGUGAAAUUACAUUUAUGACUGUAGCCAAAUGUUGAAUAUACAACUGAGGAGCGUUACAAAUGUGAUUCCAUACCCUUAGGGGAAAAUAAUUGAGCACGUAAUUGCUGUGUGCUGGUGUACAAACUGGUUUGUGAGUGGCCAGAAGAGGACAAGAGGUGAUGAAGAUGAUCAAGGCGCUGUUGCUAGGUUUGGUUUGUUUUGUGACAAGGCCCGAUUCUACGGAGGCUCAGUUUCCUCGAGUCUGCAGCACGGUGGAGGGGAUCGUCUCAAAGCAGUGCUGCCCUGCUCUCGGCUCUGAUCUUGCUAAUGUGUGUGGAACUUUAUCUGGACGAGGAAACUGCUCCGACAUCAGAGUCAGUACCAAACCCUGGGGCGGACCAUAUAGGUUGAGAAAUGUUGAUGAUCGAGAAAGGUGGCCUAUCAAAUUCUUCAAUCGGACAUGCAGGUGCUUUGGUAACUUUGGUGGCUUCGACUGUGGCCAGUGUAAGUUUGGCUGGGCAGGACCAAACUGUGACGUACGUAAAGCCCCGGUGGUGAGGAAGAACAUCCACUCUCUGACUCCAGCUGAGCUUCAGGAGUUUCUGGAUGUGUUGGACCGGGCCAAGAGCACCACACACCCAGACUAUGUCAUUGCCACACAGCACUGGCUGGGCCUGCUGGGGCCCAAUGGAACCCAGCCCCAGUUUGCCAACAUCUCCAUCUACGACUUCUUUGUAUGGCAGCAUUACUAUUCUGUCAGAGACACACUUCUAGGUCCAGGUCAUCCUUUCAAGGCCAUUGACUUCUCCCACAAAGGACCAGCCUUCGUCACCUGGCACAGAUACCACCUUCUCAGUCUGGAGAGAGACCUGCAGAGACUGACUGGCAAUGAGAACUUUGCUGUUCCAUACUGGAACUUUGCCACAGGGCAGACUGAGUGUGACGUCUGCACAGACUCUCUCCUGGGGGGGCACAACCCAGACAACCCCUCCCUCAUCAGUAACCAGUCCAGGUUCUCCAAUUGGGGAGUGGUGUGCGACAGCCUGGAUGAAUAUAACCGCCUGGUCACUCUCUGUAAUGGGACCAGUGAGGGGAGCAUUAGGAGAGGUCAGCUGGGUGGCGGGAGGACCGACAUGAAUCUGCCCACCAUGAAUGAUGUCAGGAGCUGUUUAAACAUCAGAGACUUUGACAACGCUCCGUUCUACACUAACUCUACCUUCAGCUUCAGGAAUUCUCUUGAAGGCUAUGACAAGCCAGAUGGCGAGGCAGAGCUUGACUCGUCAGUGAACAACCUGCACAACCUGGUCCACUCCUUCCUCAAUGGAACCAGUGCUCUGUCUCACUCUGCAGCCAAUGACCCCAUCUUUCUAGUGCUCCAUGCUUUCACUGAUGCCAUUUUUGAUGAGUGGAUGAGGAAGUCUGUUCCCCCAAACUCCAGUUUCCCCGAUGAGAUGGCCCCCAUUGGUCACAACAGAGAUUACAACAUGGUGCCAUUCUUCCCUCCUGUGACCAAUGAAGAGAUUUAUGUUGCGUCUGACCAGCUGGGAUAUUCUUAUGCCAUUGAACUGGAUGCUAUGGACAGUGGAUUUGUGUUUGUGCUGGGGUCCACUCUGGGCGGUGUUUUCCUGGGUCUCCUGGUUCUUCUACUUGUCUUGGUCCUCUACUUGCAGCAGCGCAGGAAGCGUGGCUUUGAACCCCUUAUCAAUGCACAGUUCACCAACAAAAAGUACACAGAGGAAGCCUAAACAGUAUGUACUGUACACUUUGGGUUAAUGUCCUUGUUGCUUCUCAUGUUGAAAUGUAUCUCAGUACUAAAUUACUCGCGCUCUGUCAAACCAGACAUUGUUGAUGGGAAUUUACAGUACAAUGUAUUAGUGCUUUGCUUCUUCUUUUACCUACACUACCCUGUUCUUGUUCUGUUUAAAAAAUAACAGAGCAUACAGUAGGACAUUUUGUUUAUGUGAAAUGAUUUAAUAAUAUGAUGAUGUAUCCAUUAUUACCUAAGAUUGACAUUAACCAGUUUUUGUCCCUAACUGAAGAAUCCAUUAUAAUAUAUAUAAAAAAAUAUAUAUUAUGCAUUUAAAUAACAUUUAAAAAAAUUGCAAAGCUAUUAUUAUCUUUUUAACAAAUAUUUAUUUGCAUGAAAGAGUAACAAAACACAGAUGCAACCAUUUUAAUUGCAUUAAAAAACUGUAAGGCAUAUUUGUUUGUACGGUCUUUAUGUUAACUAUAUCAUCAACCUUAUUGGCUUGAAACUGUUUUCCAACUCCAAGCAAGAUAUUAUCGUGAUCAUAUUUUUUUUGUUACAAUAGAAUGCAUUUGAUUGUAUGAAAUGUUGAUGAAUAAGGUUUCUGAAACAUUAGUUUUUUUACAUUACUUUUGCUGAUCCAUGAACAUACAGUACAAGACAAAAUAUAAGAAAAAUAUGACCAUUAAAAGUGCAAUAAUACAAAAGAAAAUAACUCUGCAUCCUGCGAGAUCAUUAUUCAUAAUAAAGAAUCUUAUUUUAAGGACACACUGACAAAGAGACAAAAAUGUUUGUUCUCCAUUAUUUUGCACAUCAUCAUCAUCUGCCAAGGUGAACACUAAUACUGGUUAAUCAAGAGGCAACGAAGCAAGCUCACAAUUGAUAUGCUGCAACAAGGCCAAUAAGAGAUGAUAAUAAGAGCUGAAGAAUAUUAAUAUAAUACUGGCUAACUCCCUUGAUAUGUAUGCUUAGCUUAGCUGGCCUUCAUGGUUUACUGAGUUGACCGGCCGGCCCUCUGAGAACACCAUACUACUUGAGGCUGGUUUUGUUGGCUAGCAUUUGAGGGGGGAAAUACAGUACGCCCCCUUCAGUAAUGCCAAUCCUUUCCCAGUCUCUGUAGGUACGCUCUACUGCCUAUCCUCACUGGAGCAUUCAACCCUGUCCAGACACUCUCUACCUUCUAAGAUUCUCAUUUCACAGGUGGCUGUGGUCGGCUUUGAGCCUGUCUCUGGCACACAGAACCACUCAGGCGCCAGAGAUAAAUGAAGGGGGCUUUUUUUGCCUUUGGCAUUUUU